AUGAUUGAAAACCUCUAUAGAGUGCUGGGUCUAACGAGCUCUGCCUCUCUGGAGGAGGUCAAAAAGUCCUACCGUAAACUGGCAAGAGAAUAUCAUCCUGACAAAAAUAAGAAUGGUGCUGAAAAGUUCAAAGAAAUAAACGACGCUUAUUCGAUCCUAUCCGAUCCAGAAAGGAAGAGAAAUUAUCUUUUGCGUAAUCCUUCAGCUUCUUCCUCAACGAGAUCGUAUGGUGGUUAUGGCUUCAACUUCUCUUUCAAUUUCAGACCAAACGCCCAACCAUCACCACCACCACCACCACGCCCACCACCACCUCCGCCUCCUCCGCGUAAACCAAAAUCAAAGCCCGUGAAAAAGUCUGAUUACAAUAUCAAAACACGCUGUGAACUUUCCUUGGAAGAUAUUUAUAACGGCGGCAAAAUAAGCGUAUCUUAUGAUGAACCUAUCAUAUGUAGAAAAUGUUUUGGUGAUGAAAACAAUGAGCAGUUGAAACGAUAUAGAACUUGUGAAUUAUGUAAAGGCAAAGGACGAACACCCGCAGGACAUGCAUGCCCUUACUGUCAUAGCCUUGGCCACUUUAUCUAUUACGACACCUGUCCUGAGUGUAAAGGAAAACCCAGAAAAGUUGAGAAACGUCAUUUACGUGUGCAUGUACCGAAGGGUGUGCAUGAGGGUCAUGGACUUGAAGUUAAAAAUCGUGGUCAGUUGCUACCCAAUGGAACCGAAAGAGGUAGUGUUAUUAUUCGAACUACAGAGCUACCACAUGAAGUGUUUAAGCGACAGGGCGAUAAUUUGUUGAUCACAGUAAAUCUGUCAUUGAAAGAAGCUAUCAUGGGAUUCACAAACAAACUCCUCUGCACACAUUUGGACGGUCAUUUUGUUUCAGCUACUCAACCUUGUGGUAACGUUACUAAACCAAAUUCAAGGAAAUUGAUCAAGGGAGAAGGCAUGCCUAUUUUCGGUAGUAAGACUGGAGCCAAAGGUGAUUUGAUUGUUACAUUCAAUGUUAAUUGGCCAGAUAAAAUCCAGAUACCUAGAGCACGAGAAGCGAGGUUGGUGAUAGACGAAUUAUUUGAAAGUGAAGAAGAAAGACUAGCCCGAGACAAUGCUAUCGUCAUCGAUGACGAAGAAGAUGAAGAAGAGGAAAGAAAACAAGAUAUGGCAGCAAACGCGUCGGCUGCGAGCUCAAAUGAUAUACGUUCAACAGCAGCACAGUCUACUCCAUCGUCUCCAAUAGCAUCAAACAGCAGAAAGCCGUCUCGAAAAAGGAAGAUAUCACCACCUUCUUCAAACAGUGAAAGAAAUGAGGAGCAAAAAAAACAAAAGAUUUCAGCCAAUGCUUCCCCAGUAGUAGAUUCCCACAUGAGUUCCUUCGAUGCCGCAUCUACAACCUCUUCCACGUCAACUGCUGCUGAGAGGAUGGACACCUUUACUACAAAUACUCCGGAGCCAACGGCUUCUACAUUUCACUAUAACCAUUCUAGUGCUACUUCCUUUAAAGAACAAACCUCACGUAUUUAUGAAACACCUUCUUACCAAAAGUCGAGUCAAAAUGAAGCGAAUUCAAGGCCAUCGUACGAUAAUACCCCUAUAACCAUAGACGAUGAUGAUGAGGAUGAAGACAUCUUCAGUGCUCGCAAUAGUAGUACUAGUAAUAACAACAAUAACCGACAAUUUACCAAAGAUACUGAAGAAAAGGAACCGGCAGACAAAUAUGAAAGCAAUCAACAUAACCAACCAAAUGUCCAUUUUCACCAACAUAUCCAAGAAGAGGACCCUGGUACUGACGAAUUUCCUUCUUUCUUCAGAAUGUUUUUUUGA